AUGGCAUGGUACUGCUCUGGGUCCACCAACGCCGAGUUGGUCGAGAACUUGUUUAAGGUCGAUUUGAUUAAGAAUGAACGCGUCAAAGAAGCCAUGUUAGGUGUUGAUCGGGCUCACUAUGCUCCAUCGCGGCCUUAUUCCGAUUCGCCUCAGCCCAUCGGUCAUGGGGCAACGAUCUCCGCACCACACAUGCAUGGUCACGCGUGUGAAUAUCUCAUUGAAUACCUUCAACCCGGAGCCCAUGUCCUGGAUAUUGGAUCUGGCUCAGGGUACCUCACCCACGUCUUGGCCAAUCUAGUAACCGGCCCACCUGGUUCACCGGGGCAGGGCCAAGUGAUCGGUAUCGACCAUAUCUCCGAUCUGGUGGAGCUGGCCCGCUCAAACAUGAAUAAAUCCGAACAGGGCCGGGCGCUACAGGACUCGGGACAGGUCAAAUUUAUUACGGCGGAUGGGCGUCUAGGAUGGAAAGAAGAUGCUCCAUAUGACGCCAUCCACGUUGGUGCAGCAGCAGAGACGCUCCACCCAGUUCUAAUCGAGCAAUUGCGAGCCCCUGGCAGACUCUUUAUCCCCGUGGAGUCGGAUGCAAGCCCCGGGGUCAGCGGAGGACAAUAUAUCUGGGUUGUCGAUAAACGAGCAGAUGGAUCGGUCAACAAGGAGAAGGUCUUCCAGGUCAGCUAUGUACCUCUCACUAACGCACCCCGAUCAUGA